UCUCAACCUAUGUAUUAUAUAAUUAUUUUAACAUUAGGUUUAACAAAAUUUUUAAUUCUAUUCUAUUUAAGGCCUUGUCUGCACUAAAAAGUUAGGUCGAAGGAGGCCGCCUUAAGUCGACCUGUUAGUGUAUGUAUCUACACUACCAGGUCCUUUAUGCUGACCUAAAUUGCCUCUAAUGUCGACUUCUGUAAUCCACCUCUGUGAGAGGCGUAGCACUUAAUUCGAUUUUCAUGGGUCGACUGCGAGGUAGUGGAGAUGCAGCGUUGUGUAAUUCGACUUAUGGGCCUCCAGAUGGUGUCCCACAGUGCUCAUCUGUGACCGGUCUGGAGAGCAUUCUCAACUCUGUUGCACUGCAAACAGGUACACAGGAAAGAGCCCUGUCCCUGCUAAGGCCCCAGGAAUUUUUGAUUUCCCAUUUCGUGUUUGAUCAGCAUUGGGAUUAUGCCAGCUUGAGCACAGCUAAUCAUGGAGACUACAUGCCCCAAAUAUGCUCCAGCCUGGUCUGCACAGGAAGUAGUGGAUCUCAUCACUGUGUGGGGAGAAGAGUCUGUGCAGGCAGAACUCCGAUUCAGCAGAGAAGACGCUGUCAUCUAUGCAAUGAUUGCUCAUGGAAUGGGGGAGAAGGGCUACAUGAGCAACAUACAGCAGUGCUGUGUGAAAAUAAAAGAACUUCGCCAAGCAUACCAGGAGGCAAUGGAGAUGAACAGUUUUUCUGGUGCUGAAUCCCACACAUGCCGGUUCUACAACGAGCUGCAUGUGAUUCUCAGGGAUGACCCUACCAGCAGCCCCACAAGCAACAUGGACACCUCUCAGGUGUGUGAGUCUAGGGACAACAAGGAGAACGAUAUGGUGUAUGAGGAAGAGGAGGAGGAGGAGAAUGGGAGACAGAUGAGUGGUGGAUCCAUUUUCCCUGAGAGCCAGGAAAUAUUUUUAACCCUGGAGCUCUGUGGGUUGCAGGACAUCACGGUGGCCAACCAUGAUGCUUUAGAAGGCACCUCUGCUGGAAAUGUGUCCUUUGGCAUGUCAUCAAUACCUGAAGGCAGACUUUCACUGAUUAGAAGGAGGUGAAAGAGAAAGCUGGAGGACAUGUUCACAGAGAUAAUGAAUGCCUCCAGGAAAGCUGAGACAGAGCUGAGAACGUGGAGGAUUUUGCUGUCUGAGAAGUUAGACAUGGACAUGGAGAGCAGGAAAACUUCCAGUGAGCAAGAGUGUGUGGCGCAGGUUGAGAUGCUUUGGAUUAUGAGGGGCCAUGUUGAGGCAUCUGGUUAAACUGCAGGAACAGUAGCAGGAGGGUACAGUCACUUUGUAGAUCCUGGUGGACAGCCAGCCAGCAUUGCCUGGCAUAGAAUAACCCUCCCCCAAGGGUUCCCUGAGGCGUGGGCAAAAAGUCCAUUAUCCCUUUCAGUUAACUCAGGCGGAGGGUACAAGGAACAGAAAGUGCCCAUUCACAGACUUUGAUGGUCUGGAAUGUGGUUUUAUGUUAUACAGCUGAAAAUGUUUCUCCCGUUUCAACUUUACAACCCCUUUUCCCCAAGGUUACCUUUAUUUUCUGUUCCCCCUUUUUAGUUAUGUUUGUUAA